UAUAUAACUUCAUUCUCACUUUCAUCUUUUCCCGUUGCGAUUUGUGAUGGCGUCGCUCUCGGGAUUCGCCACCAUCACGAUCGCUCUACUCUUCGCCGGAAGCUCCGCCGGCAGAGAUCUCCGGCCAUCGGAGCAUGGCCUCGUUUUCCAGUCCUCGCCGCCGGCAAAUUCCUCCGUAGAGAUGAGGUCCUUCUUCAACAGCAACAAGGGCUCUUCUUCGACCGAUUCGCCGCUUCGGAAUAUCACGGAGUCCCUGCCGCCGCCGUGGUGGAGAAGCAGCGACGGCGGCGGCGGCGGAAGCCACUUGGGAGGAGCAUUAAUGAUGGCGAGUUUGGUGUGCGGCAUCACAGGUGGCGUUCUAUUAGUGGCUUCGGCUUUGCUUUAUCUGUUUAAGCACCGAAGAAAGCACAACCAAAACGAUUCGUUUCGUGCUCAUAGUAGUAAUCAUACUAAUAAUAAUACUAUUAAUAAUCGCAAUUACAAUAAUAAUAGUGCCAACAAGCUUCAGUUAGUGCCAGCAGUGCGUAAUCAUUGAGUUCUUUUUUCCUGCAUUAUAUUGAAUUCAAAUUCCACUCUUUUUUCCCCUCUAAUGUUUAAUGUAUGCAAAGGUGAAGUUAGUUGUGUAAAUUUAUAAUUAUGCGUUGUAUAUGCAAUUUAUUUAUUUACUGGGUUUAAAUUCUUUUAUUAUUGAUUAUAUGUUACAUUUGUUGUAAUAAUAAAUUUAAGUACUUG